AUGCAAGUCGCCCGAAAAGCAGGCUUCCCAGUCUGGCGGUUCUUGCGAGGAAAAUCGGGGGAUAUCCCGCACCGGGUUCUUUUCUCGGAUGGUGAUCUCCACCCUCAUAAUAUUGUGGUAUGUCGGGGCCGGAUUAAGGGGUUCCUGGAUUGGGAGGCUGCGGGUUGGUAUCCGGAGUAUUGA